CGAUCCCGCCUUCCACUAGCAAUAGGGCUUCCGGGGAAGAGGUAAGUGGGAUAAUGGAAAAUGGUAGCAAAGACCAGCUCCGGAAGGAAGUGACGUCAGAGAGAGCGCGCCCCUUCGGCUCGCCAAACAGCUUUCUGAUUCGUCGGCUGCAAGUUAACCCCGCCUCUGGAGUGCGUCCGCGCGUGUGUGACAUGGAGGCGAGAGUUGGGCUCGGCUCUGCUCACUAGUAUAGGACCUCUUGCUGUCGACUUCUGUUUGGGGGUCAAGAUACGGGUCCUAGUAUGUGAAGUGUGUUCGCUACCCAAGAAUGAAAGGAGAGGGAAAUCUGGACUCUGAAAGGCCGGAAAACGAGUUGUGGUUGUGCCACUUAUUGGCAAGAGACCGUGGGCAAGUCGCUUUUCGUCUUUAAACCUCGUUUUCCCUCAUUUUCCUCAUUUUUCCUACGAGGGCUGAUGUCUCUGAGCGCUGUGAAAUGUGGGAAGAGGCCAGGGGAAAGUUGCCGCAGGUGCUGGUAGGCCCCACCGUGGUGAGCUGAGGACUGUUUUAAGAAGUCCGAGGUGUUACCGAAUUUCCCUGAAACAUUUUGUGUUUAAAUUCAGGAAUUUUUCUAGAGAUACACAGAGGAUAGCAACGGCAUAUUUCUCGCUUUUUUUGUUAUAAAUCCUCCGCCUUUCCCCAUCAUGGCCCAGGCCUCUGCCUAAGGGACCUCACAGCUGAACUGAGUCGUUAUUGCAAAUCUGGCCCGCGCGUUUUAAAAAGAGGCAUCAAAUAAUGUCAUCUGAAAUGUUGCCAGCAUUUAGUGAGACUUGUAAUGUUGAAAGACAGCAAAACUUAAGUGAAGAUGGAGAGGAAAAUCAGAAGCCAGGAUUAAGUGAAAGGUUUCAACCAAUAUCUAAACGGCAAAUGAAGAAGCUAAUGAAACAGAAACAAUGGGAAGAACAACGAGAACUCCGCAAACAAAAGCGGAAGGAAAAACGCAAGAGAAAGCAAUUAGAACGACAGUGUCAACCUGAGUCGAAUUCAGAUGGAAGUGACAGAAAACGUAUUCGAAGAGAUGUUGUUCACAGCCCACUCCGCCUUAUCAUUGACUGCAGUUUUGACAGCUUGAUGGUAUUAAAGGACAUUAAAAAACUUCAUAAGCAGAUUCAACGAUGUUAUGCAGAAAAUCGACGAGCACUGCAUCCUGUGCAGUUUUAUUUGACAAGUCAUGGAGGCCAGCUGAAAAAGAACAUGGAUGAAAAUGACAAAGGAUGGGUCAACUGGAAGGAUAUCCAUAUCAAACCAGAGCACUAUAGUGAAUUCAUACAGAAAGAAGACCUGAUUUAUCUUACAUCAGAUUCACCUAAUGUAUUAAAGGAAUUAGAUGAAUCAAAGGCCUAUGUGAUUGGAGGAUUAGUAGAUCACAACCAUCACAAGGGACUCACGUAUAAACAAGCAUCAGAUCAUGGAAUUGAUCAUGCACAGCUUCCCCUUGGGAAUUUUGUGAAGAUGAAUAGUAGAAAAGUUUUGGCAGUUAAUCAUGUGUUUGAGAUUAUUCUGGAAUACCUGGAGACAAGAGACUGGCAAGAAGCAUUUUUCACUAUUUUACCCCAGAGGAAAGGAGCUGUUCCCACAGACCAAGCCUGUGAAAGUUGUUCACAUGACAAGAAAUUCGCCAGAGUUGAAGGUGGAUUAAACAGUGAUUCCAGUGAGGAGGAAAAUAGGCAUGAACUAGAUUCAACACAUGAAGAGGAAAAGCAGGAUAAAGAAAAUAGCACUGAAUCUACAGUGAACUCUGUGCCACACUAAUAUCAUCUUUUUUAAAUUUUUUUUCCUUAGGUUUAAGGAAAAAUCAGGAGAAAGUGAGAUGUUUCAUAGAAUAUUUGAAUUGGAAGGAAAUUUCAUUUUAUUUCUGUUGUGAAUUUUUAAAAACUUUUUGAAUUGAUAAGUACUCAUAAGAAAGCAUUUUUUUGUUUUUGCAUAAGAGUUAAAUAUGUAAAAUAAAAAAUAAUUUUCUAAGCCUCAAAGAAGCAUUACUUGAGAAUAUUACCCUAUUAGUAAAUCUAUAUUCUUUUAUUUACAAGAUUGUGUUCUUCAGAAUGUGCCUUCUGACCUUCCAGUUUUAUUACUAUAUGUUUAUAUCAGUGUCUUUCUGAUUUAUUGCCUGCUUAUUUGUGGAGGCAAGUAUCCUAAAUCUCCUUUAAAUCUGACAGAAUUUUCUGAAUGGGAAGUUACCUUCUAUUUGCAGCUUUUAUAUUCACUUAAAUUAUUUCAAAGGAAUAUAGUGAUUUUAGGAAAAAAGAAGUAUUGGAUUUAUAAGGGGCUUCUGUGGUGGCUCAGUGGUAAAGAAUCCACCUGCCAAUGCAGAAGACAUGAGUUCAGUCCCUGGGUCAGGAAGAUCCUCUGGAGAAGGAAAAGACAACCCAUUCCAGAAUUCCUGGAUUCGAUUGAUAAAUUCAAACAUUGAUGUCUUUUGGAAUGUGGAUCCAUCUCUAUCCUUUUGUGUGUGUGUGAGAUGCCCUUUGUGGUUCUAAGGCAAGCACUGAGGACUUAAGACUUUAAUAUAUUUUCUUAAUUUAAAUAAUGAUGGUAAAUUAUUUUGAUUACAAAAUUAAUUUUUCAGCCACCAGGGAAACCUGUUUUUCAGGCUAGAUUAUUUUAAAAAGCUGUUGAUGGAUUUCCCUGGUGGUCCAGUGCUUAAGAAUCCACCUUCCAGUGCAGGGGACAUGGGUUCCAUCUCUGGUCUGAGAAAAUUCCACAUGCCGUGGGGUAACUAAGCACAUGCGCUGUAACGACUGUGCCUGUGCUCCAGAGCCCUCAGCUGCAGCUGCUGAAGCCCCCGUGCUCUAGAGCCCGUGCUCCAGAAGAGGAGCCGCUGCGAGGAGAAACCCAUGCACAGCAACUAGAGAAAGCCCGCACGUAGUGGUGAAGACCCAGCCCAAUCGAAUAUAAAUACAUAAACUUACUUUUAGAAAAGGCAUAGAUGGGUCCAUUUUUGUCAUUACCCAAAUUUAAAAAGAAACCGCUCUUAAAAAAGUAGCCCUUAGCAGCUAUCCUUUUCUUUCCAUAUAUGCUUCUUUAAAAUAAUGUUGGUUCUUAAGCGAAUAAAGUUAACUUUAUAUGUGCAUCUGUCUAUCGUAUAAUAAUAUUUAAGCUAAUGUAAGUAUGUUUCUGUAAAUAAUAUAAGCAUGUAUGAAAAUAUGCAUAUAAUUGUAUAUAUAUCUGUCCACAUCAUAUAUAAUUCUGUUAUUGAUGAUAGGAUUGAGUUGCCAUAUCUAUAUUAUUUGUGUGAAUGUGCUGAAAAACACUAAGGAAUUUAAAUUUCAUAAAAUGUAAAUAUCUAUAACUAAACAUUUAUAUGAGGGCAUUGGCAAGAGAUGGUGGAGCUAGUUGAUGUUUUAGUUCCUGCCAGUAAAUGUAGAGCAGUUAUAUUUAACGUGAUUAUUCUUUGUCACAGCUAAAGUAACAUUCAGAAGCCUUAGUUAACUAAGUUUGGAUAAAUUAAGUUUCUGGUUUUUUUUUACUUAUUGGCAUCUCAGAUUAUAUACAUAUUUGAUCGAAAAUUCACUGAAUUUAAUAUUGACGUCCACUGACUCUUGUUGCUUUAUUCUCAGUACUCUAUUACAGUAACCCAUUUAAAGGUCUCUGAGAAAUGUAAGUAAAUAAAGAAAAGCCCCCACAGUUGUAGAAGAACAGAGCUUGUGUCUUAAGUUGUGUUUUUCAAAGUUACAGGUUUUUCUGAGUAAGUAUGGUUAGUAGCAUGAAAUGUUAGGCUUAUAAUUUAAAUCAUUCCGUAUGGAAUAAGGCUCAGUUUGAUACUGAAAAGUGGGGAAAGGUCAUUACAAGCACCAUGUAGUUUAAUUUUCACUAAUUAUAUAAGUCCUAUGUUAUUUCCAGGGCUGCAAACAAGAGUAGUUUAUUUAAAAACAACAGUAGUUUAUUUAAAACAACAGAAGUUUAUUCUCAAAACAAAAGAAAUGUACUCUUUAUAGUUCUGGAGACUGAUAGUCCAGAAUCAGGGUGUUGGUUGGCUCAUACUCCCUCAGAGUAAGAUUCCUUCCUGGCUGCUUCUAGCUGUCGGUGCUUGCCAGCAAUCCUUGGCGUUCCUUGGCUUAAAACUGCAUCACCUAAAUCUUUGUCCUCACAUGGACUUCUGCCCUCUCUCUUUUGUGCUUGUGUUGUGUCCUUUUAAGGAUACCAGUGAUUGGAUUAGGGUUCACCAUUAUCCACUGUGACUUCAUUUUAGCUUGAUUUUAUCUACAAAAACUGAUUUCAAAUAAGUUCACAUCCACAGGUACCACAUAUUAGGACUUGAACAUAUCUUUGGGGUAGAUACAAUUCUGUUCACUCCAAGUCCAUAUCUAAUUUCGAUUGCUGAUGACAAGAAGGCGAAGAUGACAAUUAGAAAUGACUAAUUUCUGAGGUAUUUAAAAUUUUGUUUUUCUUUAAAUAAUUAUAAUUUUUUCUUAUUUUACUGUGUUCUCAAAAUUGUUUUAGUUUAUCUGAGGUACUUUAUUUAAAAACUUAAGUAAUAUUAAAGUCACUUGUAUUGGAACAUAGUAAAGGUGGGGAAUUUAGUUAGUACUUAAAUGCAUCAAAAGGAGAUAUGUCUGCUGAAAUAGUAGGAUUUUCUCUCAUUCUUUUUUUUUAAUUUUUAAAAGUUUAUUUUUAUUGAAGUUUAGUUGAUUUACAAGAUUUUGGGUGUAUCACAAGGUGAUCUGGUUAUGCAUACACACUAUAUUUAUAAAAUAUAUA